AGAUCAAAAUGCUGAACGAGCAAUUGGUGUCGGAGAGGAUGAAUUCUUGAAGUACGCGGCGGACAAGGCGGUUACAAUGGUGAUGAAAGUUCUGAACGUGGCGGAGAAAAAUGAUUCGGCGAAACAUAUUGCCGAGAUCAUGUCUCGUGGAAGAUUUAAUAGGCGGGAUAGUUUAAGUGUAUACAACAAAAUCUACGAAUUCCCGUACCAGGUACAGGGUGUUCCUGCGAACAUGAUAAUGACGAGUGUGUCUGGACAUCUCUUAGGACUAGAGUUUCAUCAACAAUAUAGAAAAUGGACAUCUUGUCAUCCACAGCAGCUGUUCGAUCUGCCUGUGUCCAAGAGCUGUAAAGAGGAGAAUAUGAUCAAUAUCAAGAAAUCUCUGGAGAAAGAGGUUCGAGGAGCUCAAAUGUUGAUAAUCUGGACGGACUGUGAUAGAGAAGGAGAAAAUAUAGGGAUGGAGAUUGUUGAUGUCUGCCGAUCUUUAAAUAGAAAUAUCCGGGUGUUACGAGCCAAAUUUUCUGAGAUAACCCGCCCCUCUAUAGAACGUGCAAUGGCAACCCUAGGAGAGAUUUCUGUAGAAACUUCCAAUGCUGUGGACUGCAGAAUUGAACUUGACUUGAGAAUCGGUGCAGCGUUCACGCGGUUUCAAACCUUGAGAUUACAAAAGGUGUUCCCUGGUUCCUUGAGUAACAAGCUGAUUAGCUACGGGAGCUGUCAGUUCCCCACCAUGGGCUUCGUCGUCGAGAGGUUCAAGGAGAUUGAGAGUUUUAUUCCCGAGUCCUUCUGGAAGAUAAAAGUUAUCCACGAGAUUGAAGAUAUAAAAGUUGAUUUCCUCUGGAAACGAUGUCGACUAUUUGACGAAAAUAUUGUUCAGAUGUAUCAUGAGAUCUGUAUGGAAGAAAGUACAGCUAGAGUAGAAGAUUGUAUUUCUAAACCUAAAUCAAAAUGGAGACCUCUUCCCCUUGAUACUGUAGAACUACAGAAAAUAGGAAACCGGAAGCUGCGUAUGUCUGCGAAGAGUAUUAUGACAGCUGCUGAAAAACUUUACACGCAAGGAUUUAUUUCCUAUCCAAGGACUGAAACCAACAUAUUUCCUAAGGAGCUGGACCUGGCGCCUCUUGUUCAGGCCCAAACCAAUGAUCAGAGAUGGGGAGGAUUUGCUGGUAAGAUCCUGACUGAGUUUGGAGGCCCUCACCCACGUGUUGGGAAGAAGACUGAUGAAGCUCACCCGCCGAUUCACCCAACCAAAUACUCAAACAGUCUCAAUGGAGAUGAGGCAGUUGUUUACGAGUUUAUAGUUCGUCAUUUUCUUGCUGGUUGUUCUAGAGAUGCUGUUGGUAAGGAGACAACAGUCCAAAUAGACAUUAACGGUGAAAAGUUCGUUGGACAUGGGCUAACAGUCUGCCAGAGAAAUUACCUGGAGGUUUAUAUUUAUGAGAAAUGGUCAGACAAAGAGAUUUUAGAUUACGAAGAAAUAAGACUUGUAAGAGAGUUUGAACCAACAUCAAUCGACAUAGUUUCUGGAUCUACUGAGCCUCCAAAGCUUCUUACUGAAGCUGACUUGAUCGCAUUAAUGGAUGAGAAUGGGAUUGGCACUGAUGCUACUCAUGCAGAGCAUAUUGAGACAAUUAAGGCAAGGGAGUAUGUGUUUGUUGAGAACAGAGACAAGCUAGUUCCAGGGAAGCUUGGAAUGGCCUUAGUUGAGGGGUAUGAUUCUAUGGGAAUUGGCAUGUCUAAACCCUUCAUGAGAGCUGGUCUUGAGUCAGACUUAAAACUUAUCUGUGACGGUGUUAAGACAAAAGAGGAAGUGUUAGAAGAUCAAAUAGCACGCUACAAGGAAAUCUUUAUGAUAUCCAUGGAGAAUGCUGUAAACUUAGAUGCUGCCACCCAUUACUUCCUAGAAGAACAGCCUGCACAGGAUAUACCCCUAGAUGAAGGACUUCCUGGUCUAGACCUUCCUGACCCUGUUGUACCCUGUUCUAACUGUGGAUCUUUUCUAGUCUUAAAACGUAAGCAGUCUGGGGGUUGGAUGAUCUCAUGUCAAGGCUACCCUGCCUGCAAGCAGGCAAUAUGGUUGCCCGAUUCUGUUCUUGAAGCAAAAGUUGAUGCUAAAUGUGAUGUAUGCCCUGGAAACCCAGCCACUCUAAGCUUAAGUAUUAAACGUGGAACCUUGAGACCUUUCUAUCCAGAUGAAUUUGUUGCUUGCCUUGGUGGAUGUGAUACUGAUCUUCUCAACAUGAUGGAUAUUCAGAAGCUUAAUGGGGGAAGAAUUCAACCUGCAAUUGCAAAUCCUACAGGGAGAGGUCAAGGAAGAGGAGGCAAUCAGCAUUUUGACCAGGGUCCUCCACGGGCAGGAGGUGGAGGAGGACCAGGAGGAGGAGAUGGAGGUUUUGGAGGUGGCAGAGGUCAAGGUGGUGGUGGUCAAGGUCAGGGAGGAGGCAGAGGUAGAGGAUCUUCAACCAAUGAUACAGGUGGAGGUGCAGGAUUAAGAGGAAGAGGAGCUACUGGAUCAGGCCCAGUAAGACCUCCUCGAGGAGCUCCAAGAGAGAGAGGAGCAGGAACAAGAGGAAGAGGAAGAGGAAAGGAUCUAACAAGGAACAAUGAUAGUGGAUAUCAAAGUGGAGGAAGCUUUAACCAAUUUCAAUCCUCUGGGCCAUCUCAGGAAACUUCCCAAGAUCAAGUGACUUGUCAGUGUGGAGCCCCUGCCAUUGUCCUAACAGUCCGUAAGGAAGGUCCAAACCAAGGAAGAGAAUUCUAUAAGUGUGAGUCUGGUAAUUGUAAUUUCUUCAGCUGGGCAGAUGAAGCGAUUGCAUCUAGUUUUACUGCUUCAGCUAACUUAGAUGUGAUCAACUGUGAUUGCGGUCAGCCUUCCAUCCAACGAACUGUACAGAAGGAUGGUCCCAACAAAGGCAGAGAUUUUCUUUGUUGUUCCAAGGGGAGAGAUGAACAGUGCAGGUUCUUCCAAUGGACAGAUGAAGUGGAGCAAGGGGGUUCGCAGGCGCAAGGGGGGUCAGGAGGUGGAGGAGGGUAUGGAGGAGGAGCAACAAGGAGAGGGGGUGGUAGAGGUGGAUCAGCCAGUAGAGGAGGAGGAGGAGGAGGAGGAGGAGGAGGAGGUGGUGGUGAAAGUGGAGAUUCCCAAUGUGAAUGUGGUAUCCCAUGUGUCAGAAGGACUGUAAGGAAAGAUGGGCCGAACAAGGACAGAGACUUCUUAGUGUGCAGUAAACAGCAGGGGUCCCAGUGUGGAACAUUUAUAUGGGCAGAUGAAAUAGAUAAUGGAGGAGGUGCUGGUGGUAGUAGCGGAUGGGGAGGCGGAGGUGCAGGAGCUAGUAGUGGACGGGGAGGCGGAGGUGCAGGAGCUAGUAGUGGAUGGGGAGGUGGAUCUGGUGGAGGAGGGCGCGGUCAAGGAGGAGGAAGAGGUCGAGGUCGUGGAGCCGGACCUGUAGAUGAUCUAUUCUCUGGGUCCAUGAAGAGAAAGGUCCCUGGUCCAGCAGAUGGGACUAGGAAACCCAGGGCUUGUGGACUUUGUAAACAAACUGGACACACCAGGAAAAAGUGUCCUCUGAACCAGAAUGACGAUGGAUCCUAUGGAUAGACCGAUAAGAUGGGUGGUAGGGCUAUAGUGGCUCAGCCCGCCCCCCUGGAAAAGAGGGAUGGUGGGGUUAUAGUGGCUCAGCCCGUCCCCCUGGAAAAGAGGGGUGGUGGGGUUAUAGUGGCUCAGCCCCCCCCCCUGGAUUAGUGGUUUCCAUGGGGAUUCAGUCAAAUUGAACAAAUU